ACAGUCAUAAUAGGCGUACAUUAUUCUCCACAAGAGAUAGUGAUUUAAAAGUUUAAAAUCAUAAUAUUUUUUUAGCAUUGUGUGUAAAAAUGUCGCAAUCUAGGCUUGCUUCGUGUAUUCCGAUGCCGAUAGAGCACAGGGCUCUGAUCAAUGUUGUAGAGAAAGCGAAAGAUUGGGCUCUAAUGCAUGGAGUUGGCAUGAGGGACAAAAAACAAUUUAGUAAAGAUGCAAUGCAGAUUGCACCCUUUGUUUUGCUGCCUUCGCCAUUCCCUCGCACAGAAUUCAACAAAGCUGUCGAAUUACAGCCUAUAUUAAAUGAACUGAUGCACAAGGUGUCCCACGAUGACGAGUUCCUUCAACACACUUUGCAAAAUGCACUACAAGUUGAUGAGUUCACUGCCAGCCUUUAUAAUAUAUGGACUAAAGUUAGAGAGGAAGGAGUUACACAGCCGCUAUCAUUGGGCAUGCUGCGCUCGGACAUCAUGCUCGAGUCGCGGUGUCAGCACGGGGAAAGCCAAUGCGACAAACACACACCGUACUGUUCUUGGAAGCAAGUGGAGAUCAACAGCAUCGCUUCGGGCUUCGGACACCUCGGGCCCUCGUACAGCCUCGGGCUCUUCCGGUCGGACUACCUGAUGCAGCUGAGAGAUCAGAACAGGAUAAAACAAGUGGAGUUCAAUACGAUAGCGUCAAGUUUCGGCGGCAUCACUUCCUUCCUGCCCACAAUGAAUCGCUACGUCCUUCGGCAAUUCGGACACGGAGAACUUAUCAAAAACAUGCCAGAAAACCGCGCCCUAUCUGGCUUAUGCAGCGGCAUUAUCGAAGCGUACGACCUCUUCGGCGUGCCCACGGCCAUAGUCGUUUUUGUCGUCGAGGAGGUGUCCUAUAACAUCUGCGACCAGCGAUUCCACGAGUUCGAGAUCUCCGACAAACGUCCUGAUAUACAGAUUUAUCGAAAAACCUUAACAGAAAUCCAUCAGGAGGCUGAUCUUAAUGACAAGAAACAAUUGAUUGUCGAGGGCAGACCGACGGCGGUGGUGUACUACAGAGCGGGAUACGAGCCGGGGCAAUAUCCAUCAUCACGCGAAUGGGACGCCAGGCUUCUUAUAGAGAGAUCUAAUGCAAUAAAAUGUCCUUCAAUCCAUUAUCAACUCGCGGGCACUAAGAAGGUUCAGCAAGCCCUAGCGGUGCCUGGUGCUUUGGAAAAGUUCAUGGGAAGUGGGGCGGCCACCAGCCGCGUGAGGGAUAUCUUCACUGGAUUAUAUUCCUUAGACUUCGAUGAGAGCGGGGAGAAAGCCGUGGAAAUGGCUCUCGCUGAUGCUGAGCGGUUUGUAUUAAAGCCGCAGCGCGAGGGCGGAGGGAACAACAUCUACGGCACAGAAGUGCGUGAUGCACUGCUGCGCAUGCGCCACAGCCGCGAGCGCGCUGCCUACAUCCUCAUGGAGAGGAUCCUGCCGCCAUUGGUAGCAGGAUAUGUUGUGCGGCCCGGUGGUCCCGUGCCACCACCGAUCACGGAUCUCGUCUCCGAGCUGGGAAUAUUUGGAGUCAUUAUUGGAACCAAAGACAAAAUAAUAAGCAACAAGCAAGUAGGUCACAUGUUGCGAACGAAAUUGGCAGAUGCGAACGAAGGCGGCGUCGCGGCCGGCCUCGGCGCUUUGGACUCGCCUUAUUUAGUCGACGUGUAGCCUUAUAUAAAAAAACACACACACACAAAUUAGGACAAGUUAGUUAUAGACCUUUGACAGAAAUUCCACCAAAGUAAUAAACAUAGUCAAAGGUUAAGCUGGUCAGAAAAAGUUUCAUAGUCAUGGUGAUAAAUGCGUGUCAGUAGCAGUAGAGCUUGUGAAACAGUUCAUCCAGGGAAGUAUUGCUUACAAUUAAAUAAAAAUAAAAAAAAUCAAAAUAUUUCGUACACCUUACCUAUUUC